AUGCCUUUGAUUUUCCAUUCCAGCAACUUUCAAUUUCUAAAAUACCCUUCCUUUGCACCCAUGCCAAUGGCCCACCUCACAUAUUCCAAGAUUUCCAUGGCUUCCAUCCUCCCCCACAGCUCCAGAUCGAAGAAGCAAUUCACCCUUGCUCAAGAGCCACGUUUUCAAGUGACACACUCUAUGCCACCCGCAAAGCUGGAGAUAUUCAAAUCCCUGGAUGAUUGGGCUAAGAACAAUGUGUUAAUCCACCUAAAACAAGUUGAGAAAUCUUGGCAACCACAGGAUUUUUUGCCAGACCCUACGUCGGCGGACGAAUUUGCGGAGCAAGUGAAGGAACUAAGAGAGAGGACCAUAGAGAUCCCAGAUGACUACUUUGUUGUGUUGGUUGGAGAUAUGAUCACAGAAGAAGCCCUUCCAACUUACCAAACAGUGUUUAACACUAUUGACGGAAUUCGGGACGAGACUGGUUCAAGCCUCACUUCGUGGGCAACUUGGGUUAGGGGAUGGACUGCUGAAGAGAACAGGCAUGGUGACCUCCUCAGCAAGUAUCUCUAUCUCUCUGGAAGAGUUGACAUGAAGCAAAUUGAGAAAACAAUUCAGUAUCUCAUUGGGUCUGGAACGGAUAUACAGACAGAAAAUAAUCCCUACUUAUGGUUCAUUUACACUUCAUUCCAAGAGAGGGCAACCUUUAUAUCUCAUGGUAACACAGCUAGGCUUGCCAAAAAAUAUGGGGACACAAGCCUGGCUCAGAUAUGUGGUACCAUAGCCUCCGAUGAAAAGCGCCACGAAACUGCUUACACCAAGAUAAUGGAGAAGCUCUUUGAGAUUGAUCCUGAUGCAAGUCUCGUGGCAUUUGCCGACAUGAUGAAGAGGAGGAUAACAAUGCCAGCCCACUGGAUGUAUGAUGGACGUGACGAUAAUCUUUUCACACACUUCUCGGCUGUUGCACAGCGACUCGGUGUCUACACUGCCAAGGACUAUGCUAAUAUAUUGGAGUGUUUGGUUGAUAGAUGGAAUGUAGACAAGAUCAGUACUGGACUUUCGGGAGAGGGUCGAAAGGCUCAGGAUUAUGUCUGUGGUUUAGCUCCAAAAAUUAGAAGGCUGGAGGAAAGAGCUCAGGGAAGGGCCAACCAAGUAGUUUCCAUUCCUUUCAGUUGGAUUUUUGAUAGAAAAGUGAAGCUCUGAAGGAAGAAAAAGAGAGAAUUGAGGUACUCUACUCCAGUGUAUCCUUUUCUUGAAUAA